AUGGCAGAAGACCACCCUUCGGACCAUCGCCCCGAACAAGCGCCGUCCCUGAACAACCACAUUGUCCAGGGCAAGGGAGAUACUCUGGAGGCGGAAAUGGGAUUAGAGACGACGUCAAAAGAUCCCGCACCCCCAGCAACGGCGCCAUCCUACCCAAGCCCGCUCAAACAAGCGAUCUUAGUCAUUGCCCUGCUACUCGCCACGUUCAUCGUUGGCCUUGACACGAGUGUCAUCGCCACGGCAAUUCCCACCAUCACAAAGGAGUUCCACAGUAUCGACCAGGUCGGAUGGUAUGGCUCUGCGUUUCUGAUGUGCCUGGCCAUGUUUCAAGGUGUCUGGAGCAAGGCAUACAAGUACUUUCCGCAGAAGACCGUCUUCCUCUGCUGUAUCUUCACUUUCGAAGUUGGAAGUCUCGUGGUCGCUCUGGCUCCCAAUAGCGUUGCCGUCAUUGCUGGUCGUGCCGUCCAGGGUCUCGGAGGAGCAGGCCUGACCUCGGGAUGUUAUAUCAUUGCCGCAUUGAUUAUGCAGCCCUCGCGUCUGUCCAUAGUCAUGGGACUGUUUGGCGCCAUCUGGACUUGUGUAUCCGUCUUGGGUCCCGUCCUUGGUGGAGUAUUCACCCAAGAUCUUACCUGGAGAUGGUGCUUCUGGAUCAACUUGCCCAUUGGAGCCGCAACGUUUCUCAUCAUUCUUUUUCUCUUCACCACACCGUCACAUUCCCACUCUGUCACAGCGCCGUCUUGGAGGAAAUACCCGCGCGAGUUCGAUGCUCUGGGAGUUGCGCUGGGGCUGGGGGCCUGGAUUUGCUUGCUCCUUGUGCUGCAAGAUGGUGGCGUAAAGCACGCCUGGAACUCAAGCUUUUCCAUUGGCUUGCUCGUUGGAUUCUGGCUCUUUGUCAUCGCCUUCGUUGUCGCCGAGUGGAUACAGGGCGACGCGGCUACAAUCCCAAAGCGACUCUUGAAGAGUCGUACUAUUGCAGCAUGUGCCGUCUAUAGCUUCGUCUCUAAUGCUGGUGGUGUCUCUCGAACAUACACCCUUCCAAUCUACUUUCAGGCCGUCCAAGGAGUCUCACCGUCGGACAGUGGUGUACGCACAAUUCCCAGCGUGCUAUCAUUCUCGCUCGCAACUUUCAGCUGCGCCAUCCUUCUGGGGAAGGUUGGGUAUUACCAGCCCUUCCUUUGGGCAGGUGGCAUCCUGAUCACGAUUGGAUCUGGUCUAUAUUAUACUUUGGAUCCAAGUUCGUCGGCUGGGCAUUGGAUUGGAUACCAGGUCAUUGCAGGUGUUGGACAGGGCAUCGUCAUCCAGCUACCUGCUAUGGUAGCACAGAGGGUCUCGACGCGACAGGAUUUAUCUGUCACUGUGGGGAUCAUGAUGUUUGCCCAGUUUGUUGGCGGCGGUUUCGGUGUGUCGGCUGGCCAGGCCAUCCUCAACAAUCGCCUGGUUGACACGCUCCCCGUUGGCAACUCGGUUGUCACCCCUGCGCACGUGCUGGCUGCAGGCGCUACAGGACUCCGACAAGCAUUCCCAAACCCUCGAGACCUCGCGGCCGUUGUUGCCUCGUACAUGAUCGGUCUCAGGGACGCAUGGGUUUUCACGACUGCGAUGAGUGGCGCUGCUUUCCUGACGGCCUUUGCGGCAGAAUGGAGGUCCAUCAAUGAGCCCGUGCCGGAUACGAAGCCUCCGGUCGAAACGCCAUCUGCGCCUGAAGAGGUUAAGGCAUGA